AGCCUCCCUUCCUAGAUAUCCAUCCCACACCUCUCCACCCGCAAACGGUGAGAAAGCAAGGGAGAGAGAGAGAGAGACAGAGAGAGAGAGAGAGAGAGAGAGAACAGUUUCAAACACGUCGACAUAAAUCUCACUUCUAGAGCUCCCCGUUUUCCUCCUUUCCCUCCUGACGGACUUCAUUACUUUAUUCCUCUGCGCGCCAAUGCCCGAGACCACGCAGAAGCGGAGGAUUUUUUUCCCUUGAGCAUGAAAAGGAUUGCCAAAUCAUCCGCAAUCCAACAUCACCGACUGAGCCACCAGCAUGAGCACUGGAUACAUAUGCUCCAGCAGAAGUUGUUGGCUAGAGAACUAACAAAUCUUGGACCACAGAUACAGCUAAGAGGGGAGAGUCAGUUUUAAGUCUCCACAUAAUGGAGCGAGAAUGAACAGAGAGCGGCUUAAAAAAAAGCAUGAACUGGAGGUUUAUUGAGGUCAUCUGCUUCCUGUUUAUAUGGGACCAUAUAACAGUUCAGUCUUCCCGCCAGGACCCGUCGGCCACUGAACAACAUGUCACCAAGCAAUAUGACUGGCUCAUCUCUGACCGUGGACCUUUCCACCACUCUCGGAGUUAUCUGUCCUUUGUGGAAAGAUUCCGCCAAGGAUUUACGACCAGAUAUAAAAUUUAUAGGGAAUUUGCACGUUGGAAGGUGAGGAACACAGCGAUUGAGAGAAGGGACCUCAUCCGGAACCCUGUGCCACUCAUGCCUGAGUUCCAGCGCAGCGUACGCUUGCUGGGCCGCAGACCCACCACUCAGCAGUUCAUUGACACUAUCAUUAAGAAAUAUGGAACCCACAUUCUCAUCUCAGCCACCCUGGGAGGAGAGGAGGCACUGACUAUGUACCUGGCCAAAAACAAGCUGGACAGGAAGCUUGCCAACGCUACUCAGAAUGUGGAAGCCCUUCAUCAGCUGGCGUCGUCCUACUUCAUUGACCGUGACGGCACAAUGAGGAAGCUGCAUGAGAUCCAGAUUUCCACCAACGCCAUCAAGGUGACAGAGACACGGACGGGGCCACUGGGAUGCAGUAGCUAUGACAAUCUGGACUCAGUUAGCUCAAUCCUCCUGCAGAGCCCCGAGAGCAAGCUUCAUCUGCAAGGUCUUCAGGUCAUUUUCCCAGAGUAUCUGCAGGAGAAAUUUGUCCAGUCAGCUCUGAGCUACAUUAUGUGCAACGGAGAGGGGGAGUACGUGUGCCAUAACAACCAAUGCAUCUGCCAGUGUGCCGAAGAGUAUCCCCAAUGCAACUGUCCCAUCACCGACAUCCAGAUCAUGGAGAACACCCUGCUGGGGAUGUCUGAGUCGUGGGCAUCCUCUUAUAAAGACUUUGAAAACUCUGACGAGUUCAAGUCCUUCCUGAAGAGGCUGCCCUCCACUCAUUUCCUGCCGAUCAGCAGCGUGCACCUUCUGUGGGGUAGUGACUGGGACCUGCAGUCCCGCUACAGGCUCCUUCAGAGUUCCCUGGAGAUCCAGCGCCUCAAGAUCCAGCGCACCGCUCGCAAGCUCUUUGGGCUCAGUAUCCGUUGUCACCACAAUCCCAACCACCAGAUGCCUAGGGAGAGAUCUGUGAUGCAGUGGCUCAACAGGGUUCAGUCCUUCCUGUACUGCAAUGAGAAUGGGUUCUGGGGGACCUUCCUGGAGAGCCAAAGGACAUGUGUGUGCCAUACAGGUGUCACACUGUGCCAACGUCCCAUCCCAUGUGUCAUAGGGGGCAACAACAGCUGUGCCAUGUGCAGUCUGGCCAACAUCUCACAAUGUGGCUCCUGUAACAAGGGCUACAAGUUGUACCGUGGUCGCUGUGAGCCCCAGAAUGUGGACUCAGAACGUAGUGAGCAGUUCAUCAGCUUUGAAACUGAUCUAGACUUUCAGGACCUGGAAUUGAAAUAUCUGUUACAGAAAAUGGAUUCACGAUUGUACAUUCACACCACUUUCAUCAGUAACGAAAUCCGACUAGAGACAUUCUUUGACCCACGAUGGCGCAAACGCAUGUCCCUGACUCUCAAAAGUAACAAAAACCGGAUGGACUACCUCCACAUGAUAAUCGGUUUGUCAAUGAAGAUCUGCCAGAUGCGAAACAGCAGCAUUGACCCCAUGUUUUUUGUCUAUGUCAACCCAUUCAGUGGUAGCCACUCUGAAGGCUGGAGCAUGCCCUUCGGUGAACACGGUUACCCACGCUGGGAAAAAGUACGACUGCAGAACUCACAGUGCUUUAACUGGACUCUCCUGCUGGGCAACAGGUGGAAGACCUUCUUUGAGACGGUGCACAUUUACCUGCGCAGCCGUGCAAAGAUCCCAACUGGCCUCCGCAAUGAUACAGGACAGGGCCCGGUAGAUCUUGCAGACCCUAACAAGCGUCAGAUCUACAUAAAAAUCUCUGACAUCCAAGUGUUCGGUUACAGCCUGCGCUUUAACGCCGACCUGCUUCGUAGUGCUGUGCAGCAGGUUAACCAGUCAUACACACAAGGGACUCAGUUCUACUCGUCCUCAUCUGUUAUGCUUCUGUUACUGGAUAUUAGGGAUCGGAUUAACCGCCUAGCGCCUCCAUCUGCACCCGGUAAACCCCAGCUGGACCUGUUCUCCUGUAUGCUAAAGCAUAGGCUCAAGCUCAACAACAGCGAGAUGAUUCGAGUGAACCAUGCCUUGGACAUGUACAGCACAGAGAUACUAAAACAAUCAGAUCACCUGACUGCUAAACUCUGUUGAACGUAACAUUAACAUAAGGACAGCAAACUAAACCGGAACACCCAACAAAUGAACUAAGAGGGGAUAUUAAUCAAAUUUUUUUUUCUCUUUUUCAUUUUUUGACCUUUUCUGCCUUUUGAUGUAAUAUUAACUUUGUAAGCAUAAUUCUUAAAGAGAAAAAAAAAGGAAAAGGCAGUGAUGAAAGGCUUUUCUGGCAGAUAAAGAAGAUGAAUGGAACCACUAUAAGGACUGUAUCAUAUUUGUCCCAGCAUGUCUGUAAUUCCCUAAAAUAAUUUAAAAGAGAGAGAGGAAAAAAAAUAAUUAAAUCUAUGUACUGGUGAAAAAGAGGCCUUGAUUUUACUCUGAGGGAUCAAAGGUUAUAUCUCAAACUGCCAUUCUUUAUUGAAAAUAAAAAAAAAACAUUUUUAAAGGAAUAAUGACACAAGGGCAGACCAGAUAUCAUUUUAUUUCAGCUAAAAUAUUUCCGAUGUAAUGGACAGUUUAAUAUUAAAAAAAUGUUUAUACAUUGUAAGGAUUAAAUAGCCCUAGUGAGUAAGUAGUCAACACAUUACUUAUAGACUCUUUAUUACAUUUCAGACCCACAGUGAAUCUGCAUCGCUCUUUGUGAGUUAUGAGGCACUCUAUCAUUGUUCUGACACAUAAGGCACACAGUGGGGCAGUAAUGGAUAGUCAUGUCAAAUAACAAAAGCCAGCUGUUUAUAUAUACAUAUAUAUGUGGGUGAAUGUGUCUGUGUGUGAGUGCGCGCGCGUGUGUGUGUAUACCUUUUUUUGGCUUGAUGCUUAUUGCUGUUUGUUAAUUGAAUGUGUCAUUUGAGAUUGACUCCAGUCUUUGCUAAAUCUUGCAUUUGGAGCGCUUCUUCCCGUGUUUGAAAUUCAAGCUGUGUUUUUCACAAGGCAGUACCUCCUGGUGCGUGAGUGCAAUAUUGUGGUCUGAAGAUUUAACAAUCAAUGCUAUUUUGUACAGCUUUGCAAAAUGUACAUGUUGUGACUGCUAAUUUGUGGAGCUUUUCAGCACCAAGAGCAAAAUGUAAACAUUCAUCAUUCAGGCACAUUUGCGAGACAACUUAAAGCCAUACACUUCCCUGAGGUAGACACACAGUAAGGCAUAAAGUCCAUCCCCACCUCACUUUCUUCAUAACACAGAAACAAACAAACAAAAAAAAAAAUUGUUCCAUUUGUAUGUUUUUGUUUUAUUCUCUCAGAUGAUUUCAGAUAAGAGCACAGCUAAAAGGAAAGUGACAAGAAAAGGCAUAUUAUGUUGAAUAAGACCGUGUUGUAAAGCCAUUGAAUUUCUAUGUUGUGCUACAGGAAAAAAAAUAAAUAAACAAUAAAAAGAAGAAACGGUUAUAUUAAAGCUUAAAAUACCU